AUUUUUUAAAAUUACCGUUAAUAAUUUUUAUUUGAACUUCUUUUUUAAAAAAUUCCUCACACUCGUUGCAUAAGGCAUUUUCCAUCUUUUACCUCACUCCUCACCGUCAUCUCACUCUCACUCUCGCUUCUCACUCUCACUUUCGCUUCUCACUCUCACUAAUGGCUUCUUCUAUCUUUUGCGCAUAGCUUCAAUGGCUGCGUCAACUCAUUCUCCUUUUCGAUCUUCAUGUGGUAAAGUUCUUCUUACCCGACGAUUGCCCUUCAAAAGUUGGCAGCAAACUCCAAGGAAAGAAGACAUUGUCAAAAUGGCCAUAUGAUGAUGAGCCACCACCAGGUUUUGAAGGCAAACAUUUACAAAAACAAUCGCCUUCAACUACCACUGAUGAAUAUGAUGAUAUACCACCUGGUUUUGAAGGCAAACAUUUGCAAAAUCAAUCGAAGGCUGUUUUUCCUCACAUUCCUCGUAUUAAAUGGGAAUGCCCUCCUUUGAUUGCUUUGAAUAAGGAUUUGCAUGUUCCUGCUGGGCAAGAUAGCAUGGAGAAAAAUUAUCAAAAGCGAAGAGAAAAGAAAGUGCCUGAAACAGUUUUUCCUAAUUUGUGUGAGAUCAAUGCACUCCAACAUACUUUCUAUUAUUAGGUUGGUGGAGGAGAGGUGGAGGUGUCAGGAUCUCUUACAGAGAAGACAAUUCUUUCUUGGACAGUGAAGGAUGUUUUGGCUGUGGAUGGUGGUGGUUGUCUCCUCAAUGUUGUUUCUUUGUGAAAAUGAAGGAAGAAGAAAAUCGUGCCUGGGAGUUUGAUGAAAGCUUUGGUGAGGCCUGGUGGGGGUGAUUCUGAACCUUCGGAUGGUGACCAGGUUAUUAUCACCGCACGAUUCGAACAUUGGAUGGAGUACUUGUGGAAUCUACCAGAUAUGAUUGUGGAGAAUUUCAAAGUCGAAGUAAGGCGUGAAGCUCGUGAUAAGAUUUCGGAAUGACCCUCCUUCAGGUCUUAUUAAUGUUUCCAUAUUUGAAGUAUGCUAUCAAGCUUAAGCAAGAGAAACUGGUUGCUUUCAUGCACUUGUGGUUGUGGUGGAGUACUUGUUUUCAUGUUAAAGCAAACAACAGUUUAAGACCUGGUGACACACUGAAUUACACAGAAACAGGAAAAGUAAUUACCAAAAACGGAAAAUAUUUUCUGGCUUUUUAUACUAUUGUUGAUGACACUUACUUGGCUGUCUGGAAAACAAAUUGGGACACUUAUUGGGUUUGGUUGAGUGAUAGAAACCAACCUGUUGACCCAGAUUCUGCAGUUUUAUCACUAAACCACUCUGGUGUGCUGAAAAUAGAAUCUCAACGUGGGAAACCAAUAAUCCUCUAUUCUCCACCUCAACCAAUCAACAACACUGUGGCAACCUUGUUGGACACAGGCAACUUUGUGCUUCAACAACUUCACCCCAAUGGGUCUACAAUGAGUGUGUUAUGGCAGAGUUUUGAUUAUCCUAUCGAUACUAUGAUCCCUACCAUGAAGUUAGGUGUUAAUCAUAAAACAGGCCAUAAUUGGUCACUUGUUUCAUAUUUUGCUAAUGAUGAUAUUAAUAUUGUAACACCAGGUGCCUUUAGCCUUGAAUGGGAACCCGUUGGGGAAGAACUGGUCAUAAGGAGACGCGGAAAAGUUAGUUGGCGAAGUGGGAAACUGAGGAACAAUAGAUUUGAGCACAUUUCAGAAGAUGCACAACGCACGUUGAACUACACCGUUGUUUCUAAUGCUGAUGAAAGUUCCUUCUCUUUCACAACUACAAAUGAUGAUGUUGAUGUUUUAUGGUGGAUCGCAUCAGAUGGGCAAUUAAAUAAUUAUAGCGAAACUGUUGUUUGGGCUGAUAUGUGUUAUGGAUAUAACACUGAUGAAGGGUGCCAAAGAUGGGAGGAUAUACCUGAGUGUAGGAGUCGUGGUGAUGUGUAUCAGAGAAAGACGGGUCACCUCAAUUUUGAAUAUGCAAUCAGUGAACCAAAUAUGAGCUAUGGCCUGAGUGAUUGCCAGGCCAUGUGCUGGAGCAAUUGUAGUUGCACUGGUUACAAAGAACACAAUCAUAAUGGUACUGGAUGUACAUUCUUUUCAUCAGGACCUUAUUAUACUCUUAGUGAUGUUGGUGAAAGAUUUUACAUGCUGGGGAACGUAACACAACAGAUUGACAAGUCGACUGCAAAGUCAGAACCUCCUGGUACAAAAAAGUUUAUAUGGAUAAGUGCAUUAAUAGCAACUAUUCUACUCAUAAUAUGCCUAUUCAGUGUCUGCCUAAUCUUGAAAAAACGAAAAUAUAUGUUUCAAGAUAAGAAAAAGAAAGGAAUGGUGACCAAGAUGUUGCAUUUAGCAACUUGUAAAGGAACAUCUAGCCGGAAAGAAUUUGAAGAUGAUUUAAAACAUGGACUCGAGUUAAAAGCAUUUACUUAUAUAUCAAUAAUGGAAGCUACAGAUGGGUUUUCAUCUGAAAAUAAGUUGGGACAAGGAGGCUUUGGACCUGUAUAUAAGGGAAUUUUUUCAACGGGACAAGAGGUUGCUAUAAAAAGACUUUCAAAAUCUUCUACACAGGGAAUUGUGGAGUUCAAAAAUGAACUUAAACUUAUAUGUGAACUUCAACAUAUGAAUCUUGUACAACUACUUGGUUAUUGCAUUCAUGAAGAAGAGAGGAUUCUACUUUAUGAGUAUAUGCCAAACAAAAGCUUGGAUUUCUUUAUAUUCGAUUGUACUAGAAGAAAAUUACUAGAUUGGAAGAAGCGCUUCAACAUAAUAGAAGGAAUUGCUCAAGGAUUACUUUAUCUUCAUAAGUAUUCAAGACUUAAAGUCAUUCACAGAGACCUGAAAGCUAGUAACAUACUUCUUGAUGAAAAUUGGAACCCCAAAAUUUCAGAUUUUGGAAUGGCAAGAAUCUUCACACAACAAGAACCUGUAGAAAACACCAACAGGGUUGUUGGGACAUAUGGUUACAUGUCACCAGAAUAUGCCAUGGAAGGAAUUUUCUCUACAAAGUCUGAUGUCUAUAGUUUUGGAGUGUUACUGCUUGAAAUUAUUAGUGGAAGAAGAAACACUAGCUUUUAUGAUGAUGACCACCCAUUAAAUCUAAUAGGACAUGCAUGGGAGUUAUGGAAUGUAGGUGAACCUCUACAAUUAGUGGAUCAAUCACUAAAUGAGUCGUUUGAACCUGAUGAAGUGCAAAGAUGCAUUCAUGUUGGUCUUUUGUGCGUUGAACAAUACACAAAUGAUCGACCUACAAUGUUUGACAUUCUAUCCAUGUUGACAAACAAAAGUGCUAUAGUUUCCUUACCUCAAAGACCAGCAUUCUAUGUUAAAAGAGAGAUCUCUAAUAGGUCAUUAUCUUCUAAAGAGUUGCUUACUGAUUCUACAUUUGAAAUUACUACCUCUGGGAAAAUGGAAUCAAGGUUAAGAACCUAUCUAGCAAACUAGCAAACCUUUGGUGGAUUUGAGUGGAGGAGUGAACCGAAUCCAAACCUAGUCUUUGGAGGGAUUUCCACUACACAAAAGGAGUGUUUAAACACUUGGAGAGGACUAACAAAGUUUGUUCAUUGUGAAGGAACCCAAUUGGAGGAGUUGAAGACCUAAAUUUUUGUCUUUUCAUUUUUUUACUUGAUUUCUUUUGGGCCACUUGUGUUUGGGCCUUAUUUCUUUAUCUUGGUUUGUAAUUGGUCAUUUCUAAACCUCUUCAAUUUGGUUUUAGUUCGUGUAGUUGAAGGUGAUUUGAAAACCUUCACUUAGGCCUUCGACUAGUAUAUGUUUUUAAGCUUUCCUUUUGCAUGUUUUAAAGCUUUUGUUAGUAUAAUUGCUUAGGAUUUUAUAUUUUGUCUCUAAUUCCAUUUAGAAGGCUUGCUUUUGCCUACUAGGGGGAACGUGCACACACACACUUUAUUUUUGUGCCAAAUUGUUUUGUGAGAAAAGUGGAAAAGGCUUAGUAAUUUUU